GGGUUUCGAGAUGAGAGCAUAAGCAUGUGUGCUUACGGCUGCAAGUCGGCGUGCUCGGGCCCAGAAGGAACACUUGUAUACGAAUCUGACAUUUGGGGGAGGCAGAUGCUGGUCGUUCAGGAUGGCAGCCUUGAUUUUUUUCCUUCUUUUUUUUUUCUCCUUUUCUCCCCCCGAAAACCCAGCCUGGACGAUCCGACAAAGAACAUGUCACAACAGGACGUGUUCUUCACGAAGGGAGGUGGCUUUUGACCACAGGGAGGGAGCCUCCUGCAUAGACAUGGUGUUCAACGCAAAUUCUCCGAGGGGCGGGACGGCAAAAGAUUGACUGGUGGAUAUAUGAUCAUGAACGUAGGGAAAGAAGGCUUACUUGCCCCCCCCCCCCACCACCCUGUGUUUUUUGUAUUUACCUCAUCUUCCUUUUGAGCAUGCAAAGAGGACAUGUCCUCUACCAAGAUCGGUCUCAAUCCGGGUCAUCAACGAGGCGUGCUGGUUCCACGCCGAGUCGACCGGAGGCCGCGUCUAUCAUCCUCUCAGCUUUCUACCUUCCUAUCUGAGCAGCCUCGCUAGGAGAGAUCAAGAAUGAUCAAUGCUGAAAUCUGAUUAUGAGAAAAUUGAAUCCAGCUUACCGGCUGCUUGUUUCUGACG